AGUCCACGAUGAGCGGCCGUUUGGGUCGGGUCCUGGAGUUCCACCUGCGGCUCUACCAGGUGCUCGGCUUCCAUGGACUGCCCUUGCCGGGUGACGGGAGUCCGGCGCGCACCAGGCGGCAGCUGAUGGCCUGGAGCCUAUUCCUGCUGAUCUCGCUGAGCGGCCUGAUCAUCACCUGCCUGACCAGCGGCGAGGAGUUCCUCUAUCGCGGCGACACGUUCGGUUGCGUCAACGAUGCUUUAAAGUACAUAUUCGCCGAGUUGGCCGUGGCGGCCAUAUAUCUGGAGACCCUGACCAGCCAGCGGCACCUGGCCAAUUUCUGGUGGCUCCACGCCAAGCUGGGGGGCCGGAGAGUAGGUGCGGCCAGCCUGCGGAGCGAGUUCCAGCAGUAUCGCCGCUAUCUGGUCUCCCUCUACGGGAUGAUGUGCUGCGAGCUGCUGCUCCACUUGGGAUUGUGGCAGGUGCAGCCGCUGACCAAUCACAUGUUCCUGUUCUGGAGCAGCUACGAGCCACUCGUCUGCCUCACAUACAUGCGAAACAUUCAGUUUGUGCUGCACCUGGAGCUGCUCCGGGAGCAGCUGACCGCCCUGGAGCGGGAACUGGGUCUGCUGGCGGAGUACUCGCGGUUUGCCAGCGAGACGGGCCGGAGUUUCCCCGGCUUCGAGAGUUUUCUGCGCCGUAGACUGCUGCACAAGCAGCGACUCUACAGCGAUGUGUACGACAUGCUCAAGUGUUUCCUGGGCGCCUUCAACUUCUCCAUCCUGGCCGUCCUGCUCACCAUCAACAUCCGCAUUGCCGUGGACUGCUACUUCAUGUACUACAGCAUGUACAACAAUGUGGUCAACAUAGAUUACUACUUGAUCCUGCCCGCCUUGCUGGAGAUUCCCGCCUUCAUAUACGCCUCGCAGAGCUGCAUGGUCAUUGUGCCGAGGAUUGCCCACCAGCUGCACAAUAUAGUCACUGAUUCCGGCUGCUGCAGCUGUCCCGAUCUCUCCCUGCAGAUCCAAAACUUUUCGCUGCAGCUUCUGCAUCAGCCGGUGAGAAUAGAUUGUCUGGGCCUAACCACACUGGAUUGCAGUCUUCUCACGCGGAUAGCCUGUUCGGUUGGAACCUACAUGAUCUACACCAUUCAGUUUAUACCCAAAUUCAGCAAUCAGUAUAUGUAAAAAACCGAAG